GUUGCAGCAGCUGAGUCCCAGGACCGCACUGUUUGGCAAUUUGACUUUAAACUUGUAUCUGUUUAUUUUAUAACAUUUGUAUUUCUGUGACUUUUCUUUGUCCCGCGGCUCUCUGCCGUUUUCUGAUGGACGAGCGGGCGAGUGAAGAGACGAGGGCGAGUGCAGCCGACCCACACAAAGGCAGAGACCGCACAGGGCAGCUGAGUCUGCGGUUUAAUCAAAAACAGCAGACACGUCGAUCACAUGUUUCCACGUUACAGAAGGGCGGGUCCGUGUGUUUUCUAUAUUAUAGAUGUGUUGUUUAUGAGCGCAUGUCAGCGCGCUGUAGCACAGAGUAAGUCUUUAGGACAGCCCGUUUCGCAUCGUGUGAGUUUUAUCAGGGUUAGAAGUCACGCAGUUUCGAUUCUACUUUCACUGCGUCGAUGAGCUGCGCUUAGUUGCAGCUCCGCCCUCGACAGAGAAAGCCGAGAGAAGAAACAGGAACACGAAUUAAAGCAGGACUCUGAGCUGCUGGUGAAGAUGGAUGAUCGCAGGAACCUGCUGAACCGCAUGCCCAGCCCCCCCUCUGUGCCUCCCAGGGUCUCCGUGCUGUCCAAGAUCAUCGCGACCGCCCUGCCAAUCGCUCAGAUUGCUAUAGGGUCUCUGUACUGGAACGACUGUCCUGUGCAGCCCUACAUUCCCAUAUACCUCAUUGUGUCGGGGGUGUUUGUGCUCGUCCUGGAUCUGGUGUCUUGUGUGCCCCAGGGGCAAGGGGGGGAGGAGGGGGCAACCUUUUGCCGCAACCUCAUCAACACCUGGAACUCGCUGGCCUCCCUUUUCCUGUUCAUUUGGUUUAUCACAGGGAAUGUCUGGAUCUACUCCAUAUAUGAGCCUUCAUACAGUCCUGGUAGUCAGGAGAUGAAGUACUGCAACAAGACUCUGUACCUGUUUGCAUUUUGGAGCACCACGCUGGUCUACAUCAUUGUGGGGGUGCUGCUGCUGGGGGGGUGCUGCCUCAUGCUGUGCAUGUGUGCUUUGGGGGGCGUCAGCACACGCAGCGAGGACGUGUAGGAGGGACCCAGCGGCCCCCCUGCCUGGGCCAGUAACGGGCAGGUUUUCCUUUCAGCCAGGCCCACAUGGUUAAGGAGGAGUUGGAUGGUGUAUCAGCUUCAGCUCAGGAAGCAGAACUGUGUUGUUACAAGCUGACCUUUAUGUUUUGUAAAAUGAAAUCUUUUUUUAUUGUUCUGCCAUUCCUCACAAAGUGAAGAGACACUCUUUACAUUAGCUGCACGCCCCACGUCUUCAGAAGUUACUGUGUAUGAGAUCAGUGAUGAAGAUGACUUUUUCUUACGCUAUAUGUGUUUGUUAAUGUGUCAUUUCACUGACGUAUUUAAAUUUUUCAAAUGAUUAGGGUUUAUGAUGUAGGCAUAAUUGUAUACACGCUGUCACAUAUUCAAAGGUGUAAAAAUCUAAUGUAAUUUUACAUCAUGAUGUAAUUCUAUGUAUGGCUCCUAGCACAAUAAGUUGUCUGUCAAUAAUAAAAUCCUUUAUCCUCCUUUA